CACAACUUCCCCCUGCUGCUCUACCCUGGCUUUCUUUGUAACACUGCGUCAUCACCACACAUAACCAACGGACUCGUCAGCCCUGCUCAACCGAUGUGCUGGUUACUGACUGAGCAGUCUGACGUCCGGUAAAAAGAGCUUGUUGCCGCUGCCUACUGUUGUGGUGUGUCCUCUUGUUGCUGUGACAAUGGGAGGCAGAUUCCAGGUUCUUUCAGCUCUUCCUCUGUGGCUGAGCUUUGGCAGUGCUGCGGCCUUGGUUGAGCCUCAGAUCUGCUACAUCCUGGAUGCCAUCUUGUUUCUGUACGGUAUCAUCCUUACCGUGCUAUACUGCAGGAUCAAGUAUUUCUCACAGAUGGCUCCGGUGACUGGGACAGCAAAACCAGUGAAUGCAGAGGAGAGCAUCUAUACGGGAUUGACUCCUCAUUCUGCAGACACCUACCAGACCAUCGGUCAGAAGAAAGGAUUGCACUAGUCGAGGAUGAGUUGAAGAAAGAGAACGUUUGACUCUUUCCAUUUGUUAAAUCACUUUUGUCUUUCCAGGCAUUUCCAUUGCAUCUUAUGUAUUUUAUUUAACAGCUUUUGAGCGAAAAUUUAACGUUUUUUAUUUUUUUAAAUUUGCAAUUCAUAUGUGAAAGCCUCCUUUGUAUGUUGUGGCUUGUGUCUCGAAAGAGAGAGAAACGUGAGAAGAGCAAAAGAGGGAAGAAGUUGAGCAGUGGGUAAAAAUGUAUUUACGAUUGGUUUGACAGUAGCUAGGUUUGCCUCCAAUUUUCGACAGAUUUUCAUGUAAAUAUGAUAAAAUCUGCAUAAAAUAAUAUGCGCAUUUUCCCACCAGAUAUGUUUGACUGACUUUAUGAGGAUACAAUCCUGUGCGUGACGACGUAGUGCACGUAAAAAUAUAUUUUACGGUUAAAUUCACAUGUACCGAAUGAAAAAUACAAUUUCUAUCGCAUUUUCAACUCUGCUGAUAAUUAGUCACAAAAACUGUUGCAUUGAAUAGCAAAUGUACCCGAGUUGGUCUUGGCACAUGCGCUCUAGCCAACACCUAGCAGAUACAGUGCGGGUAGGCUACUUAUUAUGAGAUUAUUAUGAAUAAGAGCGAUAUUAUUUGUAUUGGUCAAACCUAAUCAUCGUUCGUUAUCUCAAUAAGACCCUCGAUGUUAAUUGUAUAGGAGCAAGCAAGCCAACACCUUGUACAUUCACCACCCUGUGAAGUUCAUAAUGUAUUUAAUCUGUAGCCAAAUAAACUGCAUGCUUUCCCGAGACGUAGUGGGAGAACCACACAACAUAUAAUUUCAUGACCCCCAAAUUUACUUCGAUAUGAUGGUUAUUAUAUCAAUAUUUGCGCAGAAAACGUUUCCACCGCCAUUUCUCACCGACAUAAAAGUAUCCCACCAUGUCGAACGAACAAACUGUCUUGUCAGUAUAAGAUUGUACAGGUGUUGUGUCAAAAAUCUCCCCCUGCCAGAACCCCCCCCCCCCCCCCCCUUCUAAUUUCCUUAAUUUUGUGGCUAGAGUCAAAUACUUUCUGUGGCACACAUCAGAGUCAAAUACUUUCUAUAGAACAAACUUCACGUCAGGCAACUGAAAUGAAUAAUCAAUGUAUGGCUGAAUUAUUAUCCUUGCACUUUCAAAAAUACUAUUCGAAUGAGACAUGGGAGAGAUGACGAAUUUUGGCAAAGAUAUGUAUUUAUUAACUAAUACAAAUCAGUAGCGGAUUUAGGAACGGGCGGCAUCUUGCAGGGGGCGCGGGCGCUGAAGGGGGGUUCUCCCAGGGCGCCAUACAAGCUAGAACCGCCAUAUACACUUGAAACAAAUAGCCAAACCGAAAACUGAGUGAAGAGCUGAAAUCUCAACUAGCAAGCAAGGCGCAGCAAUGACGAACGCGAUUCCGGCACAACACCGGCAUUUCGUGUUUCCAUAGCUAGGUCGUGACUUUUUUCAUGCGUCAGGUAAUUCAUCUGCAUUAAAUGGUUGGAUGUUUAACUUGUUUGUGCAGCCUAUGUCUUCUUUGUAUGAUACUUAUACUGAGUUUUUUUAGAUCCAGCUCGAGAAUGAUGUUUUUCGUCUCAUAUACGUCUCCUAUAUAUAUAUAUAUAUUUUUUUUUUAACCUUUAUUUAACUAGACAAGUCAGUUAAGAACAUAUUCUUAUUUUCAAUGACAACCCACUGUUCACAGGCCAACUGCCUGUUCAGGGGCAGAACGACAGAUUUGAACUUGCAACCUUUACUAGUCCAACGCUCUAACCACUAGGCUACCCUGCCGCCCCAUAUAGCUUCAUUCACCGUUUUAUCAAAUCAUGUACAGUUUUUAACUAUUGAUAUUGGUGUUCUGGGUCUAUUGUUGGAAUUUUCAAAGUUUCUAUGGUGCUUUUUAUAAUACAUUCUGAUAAAAUAUCAAA